UAUGUAAAUAAUAAUUUUUAAAAUGUUUAAAAAUAGUUAAAAUUUUUAGUGAAAUAAUAAAUGAGAUAGUUUAGAAGCUUGUAACAGUCGGCCAGACAGUGUAGCGUUCAUAAAUAUCGCAAAUUUGUGUGCGCGUCCCAAAACAGCUGGUUACGCAAAUUCAUUGACUGGGUUCAAAAGAGUUCAUAGAUUUUUUGGGCUAUUAGAAUCUCAAGUGCCAAACCGAUUGUGUGUCUGUGUGCAUGCGUGUGUUUUAUGUUUUCUUAAAAACGCUCAGCAUCCAAGAGCACUAAAAGGCUACCAAAUAAACGCUUAAUGAGCUCAGUAUGCGCCUGACGAGCAAACCGUGAGCAUCAAACGACAUCGCAGAACAUUUCUUUAGCUCUCACAGUCUCACAUAUAAACAAAUAGCCGGGAGCUGCUUUGCAUAGUCAUUAGUCAAUUGAUUAUGGCCAGAAUAAUACCGCUUUGGCCAAUGCUACUCUGUGCGUUGGCCAUUAUGGCAACUGUUGGACCAAUGCCCACCCAUGGCGCUGUGGCCAACUCUCACAAGCAUGAGAAGCACACGAGUAAGGAGCGUGUCAAGGAUGGUAUCUAUGCACCGCGGGAUGCACAUCAUCAUGGCGAGCACGGCGAGCAUAAUGUGGAGUUCGAUCAUGAGGCCAUUAUAGGGAAUACAAAAGAGGCACAGGAAUUUGACACGUUGUCACCGGAAGAGUCGAAGCGACGUCUGGCCAUACUCAUUCGAAUGAUGGAUUUGAACAAGGAUGAAUAUAUCGAUCGACAUGAAUUAAAAGCGUGGAUUUUAAGGUCUUUUAAAAAACUCUCCGAGGAGGAAGCAGCGGAUCGUUUUGAGGAACUCGAUCUGGACUCGGAUGAUUUAAUUACUUGGAAAGAAUAUUUGCUAGACACCUAUGCCAUGGAGGAUGAAGACUUUAAAAAGGAAGUCAUUGAUUUCGACAGCUAUGAGGAUGAACAGAAUAUGAUAAAACAGGACAAGGAAAUGUUCAAUGCAGCGGAUACUAACAAGGAUGGAAUGCUCACGAUGGAGGAGUAUAUCUUAUUUCAAAAUCCCGAGGAGCAUCCCCAAAUGCUGCCCGUUCUGCUGGAGCAUACGAUGGAGGACAAGGAUACUAACCACGAUGGUAAAAUCGAUUUCCAGGAGUUUGUUGGUCAUGCGGCCGCUCAUCACGACAAGGAAUGGCUAGUGACAGAGAAGGACCGCUUUGACAAAGACCACGAUGAAAACGGCGAUGGUGUUCUCACAGGCAAUGAGGUGUUAUCCUGGAUUGUGCCAAGUAAUACAGCAAUAGCCACCGAUGAAGUGGAUCACCUGUUUGUUUCUACGGAUGAGGAUCACGAUGACCGUCUUUCAUAUUUGGAAAUCCUCAACAACUACGACACAUUUGUAGGCAGCGAGGCUACCGAUUAUGGUGAUCAUUUGCAGAACAUAAAUCAUAUUUCCGACGAGCUGUAAUCCAUUGAACAUAUGACGAUUUUUCUAGAGGUUCUGUGCUUACUAUUGUAUUUUAUUCAUUUAGUUAGUAAAUUAAUGUUUUAUUCAUGCAAAUCCCUUUCUUAACAUGAUCAUUUAUAAAUUAUACAUAAGCCAAAAAAAUGUAUGUAUUGUAAUGUAUUUAUGUAGUAAUUUAUAUAGACAUCAAAUAGAAUCUACAAUAUUAAAACAUAGCAUA